CCGGCGGGGGAGGAGGGAGCCGCGGCCGCCGCGAUGUGAGCCGGGGAGGCGGAAGGCGCUGCCCGCAUGGCCGCGGGGGGCGGCGGCAGGAAUGUGCCCCCGGGCAGCGGCACCCGCGACGGCAUGAGGCGGGAUGGCGGCGCCGAGCCCUACUGGUCCAGGCCCGAGUGCCGCGUGUGGACGGCGAUGCUGCUGCUGGGGACGUGCCUGCUCUACUGUGCCCGUGUCACCGUGCCCAUCUGCGCCCUGGCCCUCAGCUCCGACUUCCACUGGGACAAGAAGCAGUUCGGCGUUGUGCUCAGCAGCUUCUUCUGGGGCUACUGCUUGACACAGAUUCUUGGAGGACACAUCAGUGAUCAAAUAGGAGGUGAGAAAGUCCUCCUCCUUUCAGCAUCAGCCUGGGGGUUCCUCACAGUCCUCACCCCGCUGCUCACCCACAUCACUUCAGCCCAUCUGGUUUUUAUGACCUCUUCCAGGUUCCUCAUGGGGCUGCUGCAAGGGGUGUACUUCCCAUCCCUGGCCAGCCUGCUGUCCCAGAGGGUCCGGGAGAGCGAGCGAGCCUUCACCUACAGCACGGUGGGGACUGGAUCACAGUUCGGAACGCUGCUGAUUGGUGGUGCAGGAUCUCUCCUCCUGGACUGGUACGGCUGGGAAAGUGUUUUCUACUUCUCUGGUUUGCUCACCUUGCUCUGGGUUUAUUGCACCUGCAAAUACCUCCUGAGUGAGAAAGAUCUCACCAUCCCCAUGAACUAUUUAACGAGAGGCCUCUUGGUGCCCAAGCAGAGCAAAGUUCCCUGGAAGCAGCUGUUCAGGAAGGCACCGAUCUGGGCUGUCAUCAUCGCUCAGCUCUCCACGGCCAGCACCUUCUUCACUCUGCUCUCCUGGCUGCCCACCUUCUUCAAGGAGACUUUUCCUGAGUCCAAGGGUUGGGUGUUUAAUGUAGUCCCCUGGCUGGUUGCAAUUCCAACGAGCUUGUUCAGUGGAUUUCUGUCUGAUCAUUUAAUUAGUCAAGGGUACAGAACCAUCACCAUUCGUAAGUUUAUGCAGGUCAUUGGCUCUGGUGUCUCAAGCAUUUUUGCUUUGUGCCUGGGCCAGACCUCCAGUUUCUGCAAAGCAAUAGUGUUUGCCUCAGCCUCAGUUGGACUGCAGACCUUCAACCACAGUGGCAUUUCGGUGAACGUGCAGGACCUGGCCCCCUCGUGUGCUGGCUUGCUCUUUGGGGUUGCAAACACAGGUGGAGCCCUCCUAGGUGUCAUUUGUGUGUACCUGGCUGGAUACCUGAUCGAGACCACCGGCUCCUGGAUUUCUGUUUUCAACCUGGUGGCUGCUGUGAACAGCAUUGGGCUCUGCACAUUCCUCCUGUUUGGAGAGGCCCAGAGGGUGGACACAGACUCUGUGUACGUGGAUCUUUAGAGAUCAGCCCAGCAGCAGCUGAAGGACAGGAGAAUGUCACAUCUAUGGAUCAUUCUUGCACAAGUGCCAAAGAACAUUUUACUUUUUUUUUCUUUCAGAUGUUUUAACAUGAAAAAAUAUGCUGAAAUCAAGUACAUAAUGGGUCUGGAAUGAAACCCAUGGGAGAGAAGAAAUUUAGAGUUCAUUUUUUUUGCUCAGGGCUGUAGCUGGUGGCUCGCAGAGCCGUCCAGCUCAACAUCUCCAGUUGAGGAUAUGCUCUGUGGGACCAGUUUGUCCCAGUUUGUGUCUCGUGGACAAAUAUCCUUGUGGCCAAAGCAGCUGACCUGACCUGUCUCCCAAGGCUGCUGAGGUUCCAUGCCCUCUUGAGGGGAGCUGCUGCUCUGUGUGUGGGAGUGGGGCUCCCGUGCUCUGCUGUCCUGGGACCGCCUGGCUCUGGGGCUGCUGUGCCACCAGGUGUCCUGUGGGGUGUGACAGGAGCAUCCCAACCAGUACCUCUGCCCUUAACCCCCGCGUGUGCCUUCCUUCUGCAGCAGGUAUCAGCCAGAUUUCCAGGGCUGGGAGGUGAAUUCCAGACUUCCCUUCAGGGGAUGUGUGGCUGGGUGUGUGCCCUGGGCCAUGGGGCUGUGCCAGUGCUGCUGUCACAGAGCUGGGACAGGGCUCCAAGCCAAGCCUGGCUUUGCUCAAGGGCCCAAGGUGUCCCUUCUGUCCCCUGGGGUCAGGCUUAGCUGGGCUGACCUUGCAGUGAAUCCCUCUGGAGCUGUUUUGUCAAAUGCUGUGAAUGUAUGGGAAGAACUGGUCACACUCUGUGCUGUGGAUCUACAACUCCCAAAUGCUUUCUGCAUGUUUAGAUGUGUCCUCCACGUGCUCUCAAAGCACCAAGGGAGACUUUCCAAAGAGCUUGGCAUGGGCAGGUUUUGUUUCUGUGUUAAGCAUAAAUCAAAUUUCUGCAUUGGGCAUCCACAGGGAUGUGGUUCCCUGUGUCAGAGGGAAAUACUUUGCUGUAGACACCUCUGAGCUUGAAUGUCUUAAAGUUAUUUAUAAAUAUUUUAAAAUUUAAGUUCCAAAUCCUAUAUUUUAUGUACUUGAGGCCUGAUUCUGCAUGCUUGUUUUGAGUGGUACUCCCACCAAAUCCAGCACUCUUUCUUGAAGGGGAGGAUCUACCAGCCUCCAGUAUUUGGUUCUGUAGGAUCAGUUUUAAAGGUGAAUUUGAUAUCAAAGCAAUUCAUUGCUUCUCCUCCAAUCCCCUGAUUGCAGCCUGAAAAGAUCUCUUGGGUUUCUCUAGUGCUUACCAGAAAACUCAGACUGAGGAGCAGGUUUCCCAAGACCUUGCAGUACAGGAAAGCUAUAGAUUCAUGUGAAAAAAAAAAAUCCUAUUAUCCUUUUCCUCACCUUUUUUUUUUUUUUGGGCCAAAUUUCUUCUUGGAAGACCUUUUGGAGCUGUGUAAAAUUUCUGAAUAACCUGGUUUGUAGUGAAAAUACUGCCAGCUUUUUAAUUGCAGAGACACUAAUGGGCAUCACUGAGCUGAGCCAGUUACUGGACUGAGUUAGAGAUGAGGAUGGGACUGCCUGGUGUCUUCCCAAGAGAAUAAAGAAUCAAUGUGGCCUGAUGGGACAGAGAGAUUAGAAAGUAUUUUAUUUUUCUCCUUCUGUGCUCUUUUUUUCUCUAAAAGUCUGUUUGCUACCAUAGGUACCACUCUAUAUUAGGUGCUGCAGAGCCAGGAAAGCUGCUGGGAAAGUCUUAAAUCAGUGGGUAAAUUGGGAAGAACAGCCAGUAACAAACAGCAAACACAAACACAGCCAGGCUUGCCAAAGAGGCCCGAGGCUGUGCAGCCAUCUCUGUCAGCUUGUCCUUUAUCCAGUCCGAGCAGAUUGCUUGCAUGGCCUUUUCUUCAGUGACAGGAAAAAAGAUCCCCAUGGGUUUUGUGGGGUUUUUGAGUGUCUUCCCUGGCCAUUCAGUGCUGCAGGUCAGGAGCACAAGGAGCCAGUUCUGGUUCUCUUUGCUGGUUACUCCAUUUCUUGUGGAGGAGUCGAUGAGUUUGAAUCACUCAUGUUUGAAUCAGGCUGCUUGGCCACCCCUUGGAUCUGCCAGCUGGGAGAUUUGGAACAGAUCUUCAAAGGGAAAUGUUUGGCUGUGCCUUCUCUGUGAAUCCAGCUGCCAUUCCAGUGAGCUGUCCAACUUAUCUGUCUCUCUAACUGGCUAAUAAGUUAAAUAUUUGACCUACACUUGAGGCUUAUGUUUCACUCUCAUCAUACCUCUUUGGUGAAGUACUGAAACUGUUUUAUCUGUACUGUUAUUUGUUUAAGCCAAAGCUUGUGGUGUGCGAGUUUUUGCUAAGGAAGGACCUAAAAAGAAUAAAGGCAGCGAAUCAUUUGCAAA